CUCUUUAUCCGCGGCAGUAACUCGCGAGUCUUUUAUACUAAAGUAUUAUUUUUAUUUUUAUUUUUAUUAUUUAUAUUUCAAUUCCGAGUUCAGUGUUUAGAUAACGAGUGAAAGUAAAUGUUUGUACACUGAAGCGUUAAUAUAAUAAAUAAUAAUUAUUAUCUAUAUAUAUUUAUUUGUUCAUUAAUUUAUAAAAUAAUGAAGCCGCCAUACGAAAACACGGAAGGUGUUAUCGCGCAAUUGUCUCAAGAAGAAGGCGAACGUAAUGUCGCAACAGCUAUUUGUGUCCAAUUGGCUGGACGUGCGAUUAUCAGAGUUGUUUCGAGGUGUGAAGAAGCUCAGGAUAAUUGUAAUUUAGAUUUAUCAGAGUGCCAAUUAAUUCAAGUACCUGACGCAGUUUAUCAUUUAAUGAGACAUACUGAACUAAAAUCAUGUGAUUUAAGCAGUAAUGUUAUUACUAAAAUACCACCUAAAUUUGCUGUUAAAUUUUCGUUAAUAACUGAUUUAAAUUUAAGUCAUAAUCAAAUAAGUAAAUUACCUGAUGAGCUCGCCGAGUUACAAGAAUUAGAGAGACUCGAUAUUUCACACAAUACAUUUAUAUCGUUACCACCAGUUACAUAUAGAAUCCCACAACUAAAGCAAUUAUUCGCUAACAAUAAUUCAAUAAUAGAUGUCGAUGUUGAAAGACUAAAAAAUGCACCUUCGCUGGAAUUCAUCGAUUUAUGUGACAACACAAUUCCACCAAAAAUAUAUGAUUCAUUGAAAGAUUUAAAUUCAAUUAAAAUUGAAUUAACGCCACGUCAACUUGAAGAGUGGGAGGAUUUAACUGUCUAGCGAUAACUUUAUUUUUAUUUUUUAAUUUAUGACUUUUUUUUUAUAAUAAGAAAAUGUGAUAUUUGCUCAAUGAGUCAAUGCAUUUCAUUGGCCAAGUAUUAUUACAAUAUUUGUGAUCUUUAUUUAAACGUCAAUGCAUUUUAAACUGUAUUGACAAAUAUCACUAUUUACUGAUACCGCUAACUUUUAUUGUCAAAUCUUUUAAAUCUCAUAACUCCGAGGAAAAUUUAGAUUUAGGCUCGUGUUUGGGCUCAAAUUAAAGGUUGAGGUUCGAGGAUCAAUUUUCGUUUAUGUUUGAUCAAGUUUCGAUCAAUAGUUUUCGAGAUACCGAUCUAUUUAGAUUCAUAUAGAUAGAGGCUGAUUUUUGAAAAAUUUCAAUUUCUGAAUCUGGAGGCGGGAAUUUUAAAAAUUUAUAACUUCUAGGAAAAUUGAAAUUAAGGGCUCGGGUUGGGUUCAAAUUGAAAGUGAGGAUCUAAAGAACAACUUUCGUUUGCGUUUGAUCAAGUUUCGAUCAAUAGUUUUCGAGAUAUCGAUCUAUUUAGAUCCAUAUAGAUAAAGUCUGAUUUUUUAAAAAUUUCAAUUUUUGAAUCUGGAGGCGGGAACUUUAAAAAUUUAUAACUUCUAGGAAAAUUGAAAUUAAGGGCUCGGGUUGGGUUCAAAUUGAAAGUGAGGAUCUAAAGAACAACUUUCAUUUGUGUUUGAUCAAGUUUUGAUCAAUAGUUUUCGAGAUAUCGAUCUAUAUAGAUCAUGAUAGAUUUUUGGGAAGUUUUAAAUUUAAUUCUAAAUCAAACUUAAAAAAUUCAUAAGUCCGAAACUAAUUGAGAUUAACGACCGGUCUUGAGCUAAAAUCAAAGCUCAGACUUCAAGGAAUAAUUCUUAUUUCUGUUUAUUGCACUUCCGGUCAUUGGUUUCCAAGAUAUGAAUUUUUUAAGCCCAAGUAAAAAAUCAAAGUUUUUCUGAAUAAUAAAAAAAUUAUUUUUUCUCUAAAAAUAAAAAAAAAUUAUUGAUCGAAUUGUCAAAAAAAUCUCCAGAAUUAUUGAGAGUACGAUGAACCUUAACCGGAAGUAAAAAAAAAGUUAGCGGCCUGAACAUCAGAAGAAUAAAUUAUAAUUUUGUUGUCACGAGUAAACUGCCGUCAGCUGAAAAAUAAUAAUUAUAAAAACAUUUAUACUUAAUAACUAAUUACCUUAUUGAUUAAUUCUAGUCAUAUAUUUUUAGCAUACAUUAAUUAUCAAUAAUUAAUUAAUAAAUAAAUUAUAAUUAGCGCACAAUUUUUAUAUAAUUAAUAUUUAACAUUACUAACGAUUGUAUUUUAAUAAAUCAAAUUUUUGACACUGAUCA